CCCGCGAGCUUCCCGAUUGGAAGGCUGCUGUGCGGAGGUGGGGAGAGGAGCCGGGGCGGGGCGGGGCGGGCAGAGCGGCCGGGUCUCGGCCGUGCGCGCGGUCUAUAACGGCGCACGGAGAAACUCGCUAGUUUACUGUGCCCCUCGAGGCUGCGGGAUGCAGCCCGUGGUGCUGGUCACCGGCGCCAGCAGUGGCAUCGGCUCCGCCCUAUGCAAGCGGUUACUGCAGGAGGACGCUGGGGUCCGGCUGUGCCUGGCCUGCCGGAGCAUGCAGAAGGCUGCUGCCACCAAGGCCAUGCUGCUGGCCGCCCACCCUGCCGCCCAGGUUACCCUCGUGCGCCUGGAUGUCAGCAGCCUGGAGUCUGUCCUGCGGGCAGCCAGCGAGAUCCAGUGCAGGUUCCAGCGCUUGGACUGUCUCUUUCUGAAUGCUGGGACCAUGCCAAAUACCCAUGUUAGCUUCAAAGCACUGAUCUCUGGUCUCUUCUCCGGGAAAGCAAUCCAUAUGCUGAGCACAGCGGAGGGGCUGUUAACUCAAGAAGACUGCAUCACUGCAGAUGGCCUGCAGGCUGUGUUUGAAACCAACCUCUUUGGGCACUUUAUACUGAUUCGGCAGCUUGAGCCUCUGCUAUGUUGCCUUGAAAAGCCCUCCCUGCUCAUCUGGACAUCUUCCAGCAAUGCCAGGAAGUCUGCUUUCACUCUCACUGACUACCAGCACAGCAAAGGCAACGAGUCUUACAGUUCCUCCAAAUAUGCCAUUGACCUUGCUAGUGUGGCUCUGAACAAGCACUUUAACAAGCAGGGGCUGUAUUCCAGUGUAGUUUGUCCAGGUCUUGUGAUGACUAACCUGACUUAUAGAAUUCUGCCAUCUUUCUUCUGGAAGCUACUUAUGCCCAUCAUGUGGAUAAUCCGCUUUUUCACCAAGUCUUACACACUAACUCCAUACAAUGGAGCAGAAGCUCAGGUAUGGCUCUUCAAACAAAAGCCAGAGUCACUGGAUGCACUAAUGAAAUAUCACAGCUGUACUUCACCAAUGGGGAAGAACUAUGUGGAGUCCCAAAAGAUGGAUGUGGAAGAAGAAACUACUGAAAUAUUUUAUCAAAAGCUGUUGGAACUGGAGAAGCAUGUCCUAGCAAGAUUAAAUGCUCCCUUUAGCCCUAAGUAACAAGAUCCAGACAAGGCCUCCAAGGACAAAUCUUUCUGGCACUAGUGACAUUGGAGUUCCUUCUAAGUGGGUAUUAUGUGUUUGCAGUAGAGGCCUUCUUGGAGACCUGUGGCUUUGUAGCACCUCUCAUCCUUCACUCAGUCUGGGAAGAAGUGCUCUCCUAGAAUGGGAGAUAUGAGAGGGAUUGAAUAGUUAUUUAGUCUCUUGGAGUCCAGUACGAGAUUGCUCUCUCCACUAACGCUUUCUAGUAACUUGCCUAAACCAGGCCUCCAUUUCUGUACAUCAUGGUCUUCACAAUAAACUGCAGAUUCCAAGAACUACUGAGAAAAAGUAUGAAUGGGUUGAGAGCUCAGUGUGAGCACAAGGUGAAAAUAGGUGGAAGGGCUGGACUUGCACAGAAGGCUCCUCAGUUGCCAGGCUUCCUGGAUAGCCACAUGUGCCUGUUAAGGUCAUACUCUUCAAAAACUGAUCAACAUGUCUACAUGGACACUUAGUGUGCAUGCUAGAGUACUGCAGAUUGACACCCCAGCUUGCAGCACACUAUGGCCAUGCUGCUCGCUAGAAGCCCUGUAGUGUGCUUUUCUCUUUCAAGCAUGAGUAGAUCAAAGUGCCCGAUGGAAUUUUUAGAGCUCACCAGCAGGAUCCACACUAUCACUUAAUGUGAUAGGCUGCAGCUUGAUGGAGAGAGGUGACCAUGCUCUGCUUCUGCCUAAAGUACAAAGUGCUCUUUACACAAAGAAAGGAGCAGUACUGCUUUCACCCUUGGGUUGUAGCAUCUUGUAUUGAGGCACAGAGUUGGUGCAGACCUCAGACAUAACUUCUUCAGCCUUUGGGAAGGCACUUUUGAUACUAAUCUGUUAGAAUCCUGUGAGAGCAUCAACAAGGGUGAUCCAGUUGAUAUACUAUAUGGGGACUUUUGGAAAGCCUUUGACAAGGUCCCUCAUUAAAAGUUCUUAAGCAGACAUGUGAUAAGAGGGAAGGCCCUCUCAUGGGUCAGUAACUGGUGAGAAGAUGGGAAAUGAAGGGUAGGAAAGAAAUCAAUAGCAGUCAUAAAUUAUCUGGGAAAGGGGGUGAAUAAUGAGUUGGCAAACUUUUGCUGCUGACCUAAAAUAAGUCCAGAUAGUGAAGUCCAAAGCUGAGUGUGAAGACUUAAAGGGAUUUUACAAAUCUGGGUGCCAAAAUGGCAGAUGAAGUUGUUGAAUGCAAAGUAAUCCUGAUUGGGAAACAUAGACUGAGAGAACCAUAGUCCAUUCUGCAUUUGUGACCCUUCUCCCAGCCAAUGAAUGAGAACCUGGACAAGAUAGCAUCCUACAUGAACAUCAGAACAAAAGAGCAAUGGCCCAGAUUUGUUUUAGGGUCUCUGAGUAAUAACCAAGCCAUUGAAGAGCAGUCUCCUCGGUUGUUUGGUAAGGUGCCUUUGACCUUUCUGAUAAAUGGCGUCAGCAGCUUUUCAUCCCCUGAUGUGGCUUAAUGGACAGGGCACUGGACAGCUUCAGGAGACCUGGGUUCAUUGCUGGCUCUGUCACUGGCCUGCAUCGUACCCUCUGCAAAUAGGGAUGAUGAUACCAACAUCCUUUAUAAAGCACUCCGAUCUCUUAAUGGAGCAUUAAAUAAGAAGCAGAUCUCGCUAUUACCACAGGAACCAGGGACAUCUCCAUGGCCCCAGAGUGCCAAGGGUCCAGGUGAGCAGAGGCAGCUAGAUACUUGGACUCCUCCCACCACAGCCUUCUAAAUUUUUCACAAAAAAUGGAGGAUUAGACUCGGGCUGCUUGGUGGCUGGAUGGUCCGUGUUCACUAGGUUUUUUUGAGAAAUGGCAGCACGUUCUCCUUUGGAAGUCAGCAGCCUGCACUAGGGCAGUUUUUGCAGUCACCACCUACCAUGUACCCAGGCCUUUUCCAUCAGGCUUCACCAGCCAGUAAGGAUACUAUCUGUGAAGUAAAGUAUUUUCAACAUUCUACUUCCCCAGACACCAACAUUGGUCAAAGCUCAACCCAAGAUGACCUAGCAUGUGUUUCUCUGAACAGUAACACACAACUUUUUCCCAGCAGAAAGGUGUGAGCACCAAGCACAGUCAGCCUGGAUUAAGCUAGCUUACUGCUACCCAGAACAAUUCUACCUGAGACUUUCUGGGUGUGGUGAGGGUAGCAAAGACCCUGAUUUUGGUAUCCCCCACAGCCAUGGCGCAAGAUUUACAAAAUCAGUGUGACGAAUGUGUGGUGAGCAAAUGCUGUGUGUCCUAGAGUGUGGUUUAUGUUCUGAACUUCUGAGUUACUGCUCACCUGGCAGAGGGGAGCAGACAGCUCAGUGCUUUCCUCACUGAUGUGCACAAUCACAAGGUCACUGAUUGUAAGCCACUGAGAUGGAAUAGGUCUAGCUAUCCAAGCAAUGGAACAACUACCAUAUUCUACAAGAUGGCCUGACUCAGGGUGAUUGGGGAAAACCAACCUGCUGCAGAAGGAAGCACUCACUCCUGGACCCUGUGACAAAGACACCAUGAGCAAUCUGGUAAUUGAACCAGGUACAUGGAGGGAGAGUGGGAAGAUGUAAAGAAACAACUGAUCACCUGGGAGAGGAGAGAGUGUUUCUGGGAGACAAAACUGAGACCAGGUCAGGUCCCAGAAGCUCCUUGGCUUCCUAAAAGAAGAUAAGCUGGUUCUGUUCUGCUCCUGUAAUAAUAAUAA